GAUGCAUUACCCUGUCGUAUUGUGGAAAAUUUCGCGUAAAUUUAUUCUAUAAAAUUUAAAAAUAUUUUGAUGGUGCAAUACGCGCUGUUGUUGUUUAUAUAAAUCUUCAACAAUGGAUUUGAAUAUUCAGCAGCAACAACAGCAGGAAUCAGAUAAAAUUCACUGUUAUUGUUUUUUGUGCUUCACGGAAAAGUCGUCAGCAACGGAGGAAGAGAUAUUCAUUGCGAUUCGUGGAGAAGAAGGUGUCCGUCGGAACGUUGGAACCCUUGUUCAGAAAUAUUUUAUCGAAGAAAGUCUCACUGUGGAAGGAUUUGUUUGUGGGAGUUGCUGCCAGCAGUUGGAAAGCUUUCACCGAUUCUAUCUGCGAAUCAAAGAGCUGCAGUGGAACAGAAAGAUGCGGUCGGCGGAAGUGGGCGAUCGAAUUCGACAAACCGAAGAAUUUCAGUUGGAGAUGAACAUCAAGGAGGAAAAACUCGACGAGGGAUACAAUUUUGAUCAGACCAGCGAUGUUGAUGGUUUGAGCAAUUUUUUGAACGAGCAAUUUCGAACGCAACCGGAUCAUAAUGGGAAUGGUCUGCAGAACCGUCUGUUGGAUUCAAUUGUGAAUGAGUUUCAGGCAAGCUCACUAAGCGGUACAGAUUCGUUGGAGUGUGGUAGUGAUCAACCAUUUUCGAAGCGAAUGAAACGGAAUCUCACCGAUGCCUGGCAAGUUAAUCAUCAAAACGAGCAUCCGUCGAGCAAUACGCCCAAUCCAGAACUAGAAUUCUUGGAUGAAGAAUAUUACGAAUAUGACAAGCCUCCUGACGAACGUUCAGAUCAGGCUCAGUCAUCGUCUGCGGCUUCUCCGUUUGAAGAACUAGAACGAUUAAGAAGAGAAAACGAUUGGCUUAAGCGGCAUAACCAUCAGCUAGUGGUACGACUGAAAGAGGUUCGUGUGCGCAACACUGAUCUUGUGAAGAUCAAUCGUGAACUUACGGAUAAGCUUAGGUCGUACAACCCGAAUGCUCUGAUGAAAGCCGUCCCUUCGAUAAACGACCAUGUUAACACCUAUCCAAUGCCCACACCGACCGUCAAUAUCAAACAGCUUCCUAUGAGUCCCUCUCCAUCAACUAGUACACUUUCAAGGAUUCCGCCACAGUUACAGCAGCAACCAAAGCAGGAACAGAACGUGAACAAAUUUGUUUUGUUCAGCGGUGCCUACACCCUGGAUAAUGGCGACGUCGUGGUGCGAGAUUCUCUCAUCCCUUGUACAGUAAUGAUGGACAUAGAUUCGAUCGAACAGGGCGAAAAGUACGAUCUCAAGUUCGUCAGCAAACUGGCGGUGGCACUAUGGGGACACGAACGGCUGGCAGUGAGCAGUGUGACUGGACGGAAAUCAAACAAUGCUGGCAGCAAUGCAACGCCGAGCGUUCAACUAGAACCGGAAAAGUUGAGUUUUAUCAAAGAGAAAGUCUACAACAGAGCUAUGCGGGAAACGAAUGAUCGGGUACAGGCGAUGGCGCGUUUUGACGAUUCACGCAUCAAUCGAUUGUUGAAUAUCAAAAUUCAAAAUGCAAAACGCAAGAAAAAUCUCAAUUUUUCGGCUGUGUGAUCAGAGAACGGAAAAAAGAUUCAAUUCAGUUAACAAGAAUAUGU